AUGCGUCUGGUGCUAGUGGUGUGGAUGUACCUGGAGUCGGUGUACCCGGUGGCCAGCAGCCGCGAGUAUGAGAACACGCGGCGCAUCGUGGAGGAGUUCGAGCGCGGCGUCGGCCGCCGGCUCCACGAUGGCCUGCUGGAGAGGAACAAACACACGCGCAACUGGAUGCUCCACUGGUGGAACGACUAUGCGUACCUGUACCAACGCGAGCCCAUCACGCCGUCGCUGGCGUUCGCUGGUCCGUUCACGCUGACCGACAGCCUGUGGCCGCCUGGGCCCGGCACACAGUGCAAGUACCUGGCCCACUACCUGUACGGUGUGGCGUCGUUCUGGUGUCUGCUGCGCCGGGAGCGCCUGGUGCCGCAGCGGACGCGCGACGGCGUGCCGCUGAAGUCGGAGGGCUGCACGCCCACCCACUUCGUGAUCCUGUGCAACGGCCAUCUGUACUCGAGCGCGCUGCUGGAGCCGGAUACGGAGCAGCCGCUGACGAUCGAGGAGUACCAGCUGGUGCUGGAGCGGGUGUGGGAGCGGUGCAGAUGA